AUGAAAAGUGCAGGUGAUGAAGAUCCCCUACAGGUACCAUGCUUUAAUCUUGAACAGCAGGGUCAAAUUAAUGAAAAUGAAAAAUAUAAAGUUGAAAUAAUUAAAGCAACUAAAGCAGACGAUGAACUGGUAUGGAAUACCACUGCACAGUUGCAAGCAUUAGUUCUCAUAAAGAGAGGUCAUGGACCGCCCGUUGGAUUUAAUGAACUCAGAAAAUUUAAUACAGCAAUGCAAGAAGCAGCAGAAGUUUAUCGUGAUUCCAUUAGCUCCAGUCAGGAUAGAUCAGUUAGUCGUGUUGGAACUUUUCAAUAUCGUGUAAGUUAUGCUGAUAAAACUGAAACUUAUCAUGUGGAUGCUAUGAGAAAUUUAAUUUUGCAACAAUUACCGCCAACUGUUCGCUUUUUUACGGAACAAACAAAAAGUGAAAAAUUGAAGAGUGCGUUGCAUGAAAUGAAACAAAAGCGUAAACGUAAACAAUAG